AUGAAAGCAUACCUGAUCCUAUUCAAAAAGAUUUAUGAUGAAUACAAUCCAAUCAAAAUACAUAAUAUUGGAAGAAUUUUCGGCUGCUUAAUUUAUAGUGAGUACGGAAUUAUAAUUGGAAAAUCAGAGGAAUAUGGAGAACUAGGAUACAUUCCUACCAUUCAUCUAGAAGGCACAAUUUGGAGGGCAAUAAUGGACGAUGACAAACAGUCAUUUGUCGCAUUUACUCAGAAAGAAGGAUUCAAUAAAGAUAAAACACUAAUAAGUGAAGUAUAUCCCCCUACAAAAGAUGGAUAUUCUUAUCUUGAAUUAUGCUGUUACCAUGGAUCAGCAUCAAUCUUCAAAUAUUUACGAGCAGAAUUCAAUGCAGAGAUUACAGAAAAAUGCAUACAAUUAGCAUUUUUACGUGGAAACCCAGAUAUCCUGUCAGAAUGCGUAAAAGAAAUAAUCAACUUCGAUCGUUGUAACUGUAUGAAAUUUGCGAUCAUUUCUCAUAACAUUGAUUUUGUUACAUAUUUGAUGAAUGAACAUGCAAUGAAAAUAGAGUCCACAUUUGAUUGUUUCUAUCAUUUGAACAUUCUUGCAUUCAUUGUUUACAUGGAUUCCAAAGGGGAUUUCAGUUCAUUAAAUGAUUUUACUGCAGCACUUCGAUUAAAUCAUCCAGCACUUGUCGAAUAUUUCCUUUCAAAAGGUGCAAAGAUUGAUAAUGAUUCAAAACAUGAAACAGUUCUUCAUUAUGCUUCCAAAUAUUGCAAUGGAAAAAUCAUCGAUUUACUAAUUUCACAUGGAGCAGAUAUUUUGAGGAAGAAUGAAAACAAGCAGACAGCUCUUCAUCUUGCCUUAGAAUAUAACAAUGAGGAAGCAGCGGAAGUACUUAUCUCAAGAGGUGCAAAUAUCAAAGCAAAGGAUAAUUUGUCUAACCAAACAGCUCUUCACAUCGCAGCCAAAAAUAAUUGCGCAAAAAUUGUAGAACUUCUUAUUUCACAUGGUGCAAAAAUUGACGUUCCUAAUAAUGAAGGCGAAACUCCUCUUCAUUAUGCAGCAUAUAAUAACAGCAAAGAAGCCUUGGAAAUUCUUGUUUCACAUGGUGCAGAUGUUAAAGCCAAAACAAAACAAGGAAAAACACCCCUUAAUUUUAUAAGAGCAAAAUACAAUAAAGAAAUUGUGGAUAUUCUUGUUUCACAUGGCGCUUAA